UCCAUCGUCACGACGGUCUGCACCCGCGGCACAGUCAGGUCCACCGCCACCUGACACGAUGGUGACACCUUCAGGUUCUGCAGUUCGGCCCACGUACGUGCCGCGACCGGCACAUUUGUACUCGGCAGCGCCCGGCUCGUCGCUGUUUCCGUCGAUGGAUCCCUACGGCGCCGGAUCUUCGUCUCUUCGUCGUCCAAUACACGAUUUAGAGUACCGGCAGGUGGGAGGGACAGACGACGAUGAGGAGAUUCAGGAGGUGGACAACCUCGCACAGAUGGAGUGGGUGAACACGUUCUUCUCUUCUGCACCGACGCAGGAGGUCGUCGGCACUUCACAGUUGGGGGGUGCCCCACUCGCGACGCAGGACUACAGUCAGGUGGAGCAGACGCCUGUUCCUGAGCAGGGUCGUCGGUCCACUCGCCAGACCAUCCCGCCGGAGCCACUGACAUACUCGCAGCACCACACUAGGGCGGGCCAAGCUGCAGAGCGACGUGGCAGGAGGAGAGGGGGCAAGCGCGGACGCAUCUAGUUUACAGGUUGUAUCUUGUUAAUUACUUUGUUCCGUCAUACUAUGUUAUGUAUGCAUGUGCAAACUAUGAUUCGAUGUGUCCAUUACGUACCAUUAUGAUGAGUAGGCCGGUGCAAUGUUUCGGGCGAUGGUAUAUGUCCGUGCAGUGAAAUUAUGACGAUUAGGCCGGUGCCGUGCAGUGUUCCGGGCGAUGGGAUAUGUCGGGGCAGUGCAAUAAUCACGAGUGAGCGCUGUGGAGCGUGCAAGUGCUGAAGUCAUGAGCAGUGAGACGUCGUGUCGUUGUUUAAAGUGGGAGGAGUGAGCGGUGUUG